AUCCUCAUUUCGUCGAUGUUUCCGAGUUUGUAGCCAACGGUUUCGUCUUAAUGGGGAUCACAAUCAUCGCUGCGACUUUUCAGUUCAUAGGAGCUCACAAAUGCUUCUUCUAUUCCACAUUUUACGGUAUGUGUCUACGCUCAAGCAUACAGACGAUGGUGUACGAGAAGUCGCUGAGCCUGUCAACAUUUGCUUCCACUGGUGGUGAGAUGACAGCGGGUCAGAUCACCAACCACAUGUCGACUGACGCCAUGAAUCUUCUGUACAUGUUUCAGUAUUUGCAUUUCACCUGGACCGUUCCUUUCUUGGUGGCUCUUGUUAUGUAUCUCUUGUACGAAGCCUUAGGUGUGGCCGCACUUCUAGGAGCUGUAGUUUACCUCGUGGUUAUUCCGUUGCAGUUAGUUAUUGCCAACUUCAUGGCAAAACACCAAAAGAGGGCUCUGAACCUUGCUGAUGAACGGCUGAGAUAUUCUAACGAGAUCCUCCAAGGCAUCAAACUUCUGAAGUCGUAUGGUUGGGAGCAUCUUUAUCUUCGGGUGGUGGAGAACAUACGGAAUCGAGAACUGAUGUCGCUACUAAAGAUGAAUGCUGCGUACGGGUUGAUCGGCUUUAUCGUUUCGUCAUCUCCCCUCGUCGUUACGCUGCUGACCUUUGGGACCUACACCGUCUUCUCCGGUGAAUCCUUGACCCCCGAGAAAGCCUUCUCCUCCCUGGCGCUCUUCAACCAGCUCUCUGGGCCUCUCUUUAUGCUUCCCCUGGUGACAGCCGCCCUCGUCAACGGUGUCAUCAGCACCACACGGCUGCAGAGGUUUUUCAUGGCCCAGGAGGUGGAGAAGAGCUGCACAGGGCGGGACUGGAGGGACACGGUGGAGGGGCAGGGUCCACACGAUGACAAUGAACAAGAAACUACUUUAGAAAGAAUCAAAGAUGACAUCACGAGUGACGUAGAUGAAACGACGCACAUGCUUCCCAAGAUAGAGGUGUCAAAGACUAAGCGAUUCGACGGGUAUCGGGCAAUGAACAGCACCAAGGCGACGAGAAACCGUUUGCCCGAAUCGGUCGCGAUUGAGAUUACUAACGGUAACUUCACCUGGGACAAGAGCAGCAGUAUCCCUAUUAUCUCCAACAUCAAUGUUGACAUACCUGCAGGUAAACUGACGAUGGUUAUAGGAUCAGUUGGAAGCGGCAAAUCGUCACUGGUUUCAGCUAUUCAGGGAGAGAUGACAACCUUAUCAGGCACCGUCCAGUUAAACGAAGGUACAUCAUCCAUUGCAUACGCGGCCCAGAAAGCCUGGCUGAUCAACUCUACACUUCAGGGAAACGUUCUGUUCGGCAAGGAGCUAGAUACCAAAAAGUACAAGAAAACCAUCGAUGUGUGUGCUCUUAAGCCCGAUAUCGAAAUCCUCCCUGGUGGAGACCAGACUGAGAUAGGAGAAAAGGGAAUCAACAUGAGUGGUGGACAAAAGCAACGAAUCAGCAUCGCGAGGACAGUCUACUCCGACAAGGAUAUCGUCAUACUUGAUGACCCACUUUCAGCUUUGGAUGUCCACGUGGGAUCGCAAGUCUUCCACAAGGCUAUCGUCGGGACUCUCCUCAAGAAGAAACGAACCGUUCUCUUGGUAACACAUCAACUGCAAUACUUACAUCAUGCACACAAGAUCAUUGUCAUGAAAGAUGGUAAGGUGGCCCACCAAGGCACUCUUCAAGACAUCAUAGACGAGGCUCCGGAACUUUACAGCGAGUACCAGCGAGCCGUCAAGACGGCUACGGAGUCAGAGACGGAGACAGAGGACAUCAUGAGCAGGAUGUCUGAUGAAGAAAAGAGGGAAGUCUUCAAGAGGAAGAUAAACCGAGAAUUAUCCGUGGAAUCAAGUAGCUCGAAAACUGGCACCAAACUCAUCAAAGAGGAAGAAAUGGAACGAGGAUCUGUGUCCUACAAAGUCUAUGCAUUCUACUGUCGAGCAAUGACGUGGACGAUGUCCAUUGGUUUCCUUGCUGGAUAUGUGGGCAACGCAGGCUUCACCGUGGGAACCAACUUCUGGCUGUCUGAAUGGUCUACUGCAGGAAUCACAACUGAUAAUUCCACUAUAAAGCCGCUGUCCUAUUACAUUGCUGGCUAUGCUGGAUUGUCUGUCGGCGGGGUUGUGACCGCUUUCGUCGGUUGCAUGUUUAUCGUGUUUGGAGCGUACGUCGCCUCACGUGAUCUGCACAUCUCCAUGCUUCGUAAUAUCACCAAAUGUUCCAUGAGAUUUUUUGACACAACCCCUCUCGGUCGUGUCUUGAAUCGCCUUGCAGCUGACACAACUAUUUUGGAUAUGAAACUUUUCCAGAGCAUGGACGCCACGGUAUUCUUUUCUGUGAACUAUGUCAGUGGACUGGUGGUCAAUUCAAUCAUUCUGCCGAUUUUCUUGAUCUUCGCUGCUCCUAUGGUGGUCAGUUACUACUUUCUAGCCAAAUUUUACGUCACAACGUCUAGAUCGCUUCAGAGACUCGACAGCGUGACCAAAUCGCCAGUAUUUGCUCACUUCUCAGAGACCUUGGGCGGACUGCCAACCAUUCGAGCAUACAGAGAUCAAGAUCGGUUUUACUCGACUCUCAUGAAGAAAGUAAACGUGAACAACACGGCUUUUCUUUAUCUGCAAACUUCGAAUAGAUGGGCAGGAAUGCGACUGGAAUCGAUUGGAGUAAUUGGUAUCCUAAUUGCUGGAGUGGGGACCAUCAUCAGUUCACUCAACGGCACAAUUGAACCCAGUGAAGUUGGGUUGGCGGUUUCCUAUACAUUGGUGGUUGCCAAUUUCAUGAAUUUUGCUGUCCGAUUUGCUGCUGAAACCGAGAUGCAGAUGAACGCGAUUGAGCGUGUCAAAGAGUACUCAAGCAUUGCCAAUGAAGACUAUACAGGUACAGAGCCACCAGAGAGUUGGCCACAACGAGGAGAAAUCAAAAUGAACGGAAUCUACGUCCGCUACGCCAAGGAACUAGACCCAGUCAUCAAAAACGCCACGGUAACCUUCAAAUCUGGGGAAAAGGUGGGAAUUUGUGGCCGGACGGGAAGUGGAAAGUCAUCUCUAACUCUGGCACUCUUCAGAAUCAUUGAUACUUGCAAAGGUUCUAUCCUCAUUGAUGACAUCGACAUCAGCACUGUUCCCCUGACCACCUUGAGACAGCGCCUGGCCAUAAUUCCUCAGGAUCCCGUUCUGUUCAGUGGCACAAUCAGAUACAAUCUCGAUCCGGAGAAACAGAGGACUGACGGUGAAUUGUGGCACAGUCUUGAGAUCUCUCAGCUGAAGGAUACGGUCAGUCAGAUGCCUAAAGGUCUUGACUCUGACGUCUCUGAGGGGGGAGAGAAUUUCAGCGUAGGUCAACGGCAGCUGUUCUGUCUGGCUCGUGCCUUCUUGAGGCGGUCAAAAAUUCUUAUCAUGGAUGAGGCCACGGCUUCUAUUGACAUGGACACGGAUAAGAUUCUCCAAGAGGUUGUCGCUACCGUGUUUGCAGACUGUACUGUCUUAACUAUAGCACACCGAGUUGCCACAAUCCUGGAUUCCGACUCCAUUUUGACCCUUGCUGAUGGAGAGAUCGUUGAGUACGACACACCGGAGAAAUUACUUGCCAACCACAAUAGCAUCUUUGCUUCGUUAGUCAACUCAAAUCAGUAAAACUGGGCAUAACUGGGCCCAGAGAAGCUUAAUAAAAAUAUUUUUAAGUUCAACAAAUUGCUUUUGUGUUUAAAUAAGGCUUUUAGAGCAGUGAACUUGCGGCAACAUAUAAAUUUCUCUUCCAUGUUUUAUCUUCCACAGUUUAAUAAAUGAACAAAUGUGAGCUUAACCGGUCUUAAACGGAUCAGGGAAAUGCAUGUUGAUAAUUACCUGAGCCUAAGUCAAGGGACAUUACCGGUGUCCAUUCUCUUGAGCCCGUCCUUAAAGGUAUAAACCAUUAUUAAUUUUUGCAAUUAUCCACAAAUAUAGGCUGACGAGGUUAUUACUGAAAAACAUACUAGGUUAGAUGGUUAUGGGAUACAAUCCCUGUAAAACGAUUCUCUUGGGCGAGCUGUCAUUUUGAAGAAAAAAUAAAGAAGGCUAUUUCCAACGACGCAGUUUUGGAAAUUGCUGCCAGCACUCCAUUUGUAAUUCGUUGAAGCGCACACGAGCAUUGGUGUUACACGCACGUGUGUGCGUUCACUGCGGCCAAGUUCGAUCAGCAAAAAUUUAUCAACAGCUGGUCAGUUCUGCCGGGUACAGGUAAUUAGUGCACGAAAAUAUGUCCUGCAAGAUACCAGGUAAAAUCGACUCGUUGUGAACUAACUGUCGCCGAUCGGACUUGGCCAUAAUAUAAUGAAACAGGUUGGUAUUCCAACAGCGUAUUCUCGAAAUGAAGUGUGUCUGACGUAAGUCGGACGUGCGUUCUGUUCUGAGUUACUGUAGCAUAGUAAAUCUUUUAGAAUGAAGGAAAAGCUUCCAUCAGUUAAUGAAAAAUAAUCCAUACCGGAAACAGUAACGUGACAGUUGUUUUCAGACGGAAAUAAGUUAUCAAGAAGCGUUUCUCUCCACUGAAAUCUGUGUGACGAAAAUGGUCGUCAAGAUGAGGACCUUUUCUUAAGUCGCUUUAAUACAUGGCUACAGAACUGUUAUGAACUCCGUGAUAAGCCAGGCAACAGGCCCGUUGUCAGACCCGCCGGAGACUGGAGUGGGGGUGGGGAGUAGUCAAACCGAAAGUGGAACUUUUGGCACUGUGAACACAUAUUUUUAUACAAAGGCCUAGUGCUUUGGAACACAACAUCGAAUGGUACGAACAUUUAUUAUAUAACCCCCCGCCCUUCCGCCAGCCUAUGGGCCUGCGCAAGAAAAACAAUGUUUCAAAUAUUUAUGUUUUGAAGUAUACUUUCAGACUCUAUUCCAAAGGUCUACCUUAAGCAAAAUAAUUGCUUGAUUCACGAACAACGGAUUGACUAGAUUUGCUUUGUCACAAAGUAUCGAAAGUUGCAGGCUUUUCUAGAAAAACCACCCCACUCACAAUAUUUUGCAUUCUUCACAACACAAAAGCAUGACCUUUGAAAUGUUUUGGUAAGACAAAAAUGCUGCUAUUGUACACAGAUUUGUGCUUGAGAUAUGAGGUUUUCUUUAAUUGAUACAUAGAAUAAAAUAAUUCAAAAAGUA